UUGUGGCCUUUUUGCUACGUUUUCCCUCACGAUCAUGGAGCAGAGAGUGCUUCUAAUUUUCGCGGUAAUUUGCUUUCAGGAAAGUAUCGCCGCUCCUCUUCCCUACGUAACGCGACUAAACGCUCCGCCGAGAAUCCAAAACCCCACCGAAAAUGAAGUAUCAUCGGGCCCAAACCCGAAUAAUGCAGAAUUCUACCAGGAACUCCAAAGGCUAAAGGACAGCGCUGCCGGAUUUCAGAAUCAAAUCGUCAAUUUUACGGCGGUCCUAUCGUCUCAGUUGCAACCCGGGUCCGCGCUUUGGAAUCUCACUGAUGACGUAAUCAAAAGCGCAACGAACAGGGUGAUAUCCUACAUCGAAAGUGUGGAGGCUUCCGGGGCAGAAUUUCUAGCCAAUGCGACACGUGCUGUCGGUGGUCAGAUGCAGCAGGGGAAGAAGAUCCUCGAUGACAAGCUUAUGUACGCCCAAAAAACCGUCGAGGGCUUGAAGAAGAAGAACGAGGAGAUGUUCCGUGACGGCAUGUCGUACCUGGAGAACCUCGAGAGCAACUUGAAGGCGAAUCUGAUGAGGGACACGCGAUUAGCGAUCGAGUCUGGGAAUGAUUCGAGCGAUCCGAAAGUAAAUUUUUCUUAAUGUUUGGUUUUUCAAGAGGAGUCUUGUAAGUUUUU